AUGAAUCUAAAUUGUCUGCCAUGUUCCGUACGUGGCGCGAGCGGCGCUUGCGUGCCGGUGGACGCGUGCGCGGCGGGCCCGUGCGGCGCUUCGCCGUGCUUCCCGGUGGCGGGCGCCUACCGCUGCGGCUGCCCCGCCGGCUACGGCUGGGACGCGGCGCACGGCGUGUGCCUGCAGUUGGCAGGCGGCUGUGCUACCGCUAGCUGCUUAUUCGGCUGCCAGUCUCUCGGCGACUCGUUCGAGUGCGGCUGCCCUACCGGCUACAGACUGGUCGGAGCUGGUCAUUGUCUCACCGCACUGGAUGCGGCGUUGCCUCCCGAUGACAUAGGAGACGCGCCCGUCUUCCCGCUCGGCAACCAGUACAAGGUUGGAGGGACGGGAAGCGACUUGGUAUCUAACGAGGGCUGCUUCAGCUGUAAGAUAAACGGACGUAGACGAAGAGCACCCGAGGAAGCAUUAGUAUUCGCCAACGGCACCACAGUCGUAAGGAAACGCAGGAGACGUAGCAGACGGCGCCGCUCGCUGCUGGAGCCAGAAGCAGAGCUGUUCCUGAUCUCGGGGUCUUUAACUGAUUUUCAUUUACUUGUGUCAGGGCGUGUGGUGACGGCAGAGUAGAAUACAUUUGUCACCAACCCCUACUCUUC